AUGCGCAUUGCCGUCGCAGGUGGAGGUGGACUCGGAUUCCUGCUGGCGCUGCAGCUGGCACAGGCAGCCAACGCUUACAAUGUCGUGGUUUUAUCAAGAUCUGCAAGACCCGAAUUCGGCCAGCUCGACGUCCAACUCCAUGUUGUUGACUACGGCGACCACGACAGCUUGACCUUUGCUCUUCAAGGCGUGGAUCUGGCCAUAUCGACCAUAUCGGGAACGGAGCAGCUCAGCCUCAUCAACGCCGCCGGACGUGCCCGCGUCCGCGUCUUCGUACCGUCAGAAUUUGAGGGCAGUCUGAGUCGCCGGCCAUCGCACAACGACCCAUUGGACCGCGGGUCGAGUCAGGCAAUUGCCCUACUGAAGCAAUGGGAGAACUCAUCUCGCAUGAGAUACACCGUCUUUGCGUGUGGCAUAUUCAUGGAGCGAUUUCAUCCCUACGGGUUGGGGUACCUCAACAUUGGAUACAGGAGCGGAGUCUCUGGCGCGGGAGACUACCUCCUCGACAUCAACCAUGCAACGGCAGAAUAUGCGGCGGACAACUCUAAAGGACAUACGGUACGGGUGUGCUUGACCUCGGUCUACGAUGUAGUGCGGUUCAUCGUAGCAGCCAUUGAUUUGGGUCCACGAAAUUGGCCUCACGAAUUCACCAUGCGGGGGGAUAGAAUGUCUGUUCGAGACGUAGUUGGAACGUGCAGUCGCGUCAGCAACGUGGCGUUUGAUCAUCACAUGCGGCAGGGCUCAGAACUCCAGGCCUUUUUAACUUACUUUGGUCAAGCUGGAGACGGUGACAAGGUCGCGUAUUACCAGCGAUUGAUUGCCACAACGAAUGGGCGCUAUGAUUUCUCAAGGGCAUCACUCAACGAUGCCUUGGAAAAGAACGGCCAGGGUGAUGUGCAGCCCAUGACCUUGUUACGGUGGUUCACAAAUGUCUGGCAAUCAUUAUGA